AUGCCCAAGCCAGACUUCCCUCGUACGCCCGAGCAAUUGCGAUCGGUUCGCCUCGUCAAUCUACCUGAUGGAACAACUUACAGCGAUAUCGCAGACGUUAUUAGAGGUGGAUUGGUGUACGAGUUUUACAUCACCCAUGGCGCGGCUACCGCCACCAUCACCUUUGUAGAGGCCGCAUCUGCCGAGGUUUACUUUGCACACGUUCGUAAUAACGGCCUAUUCCUCAAAAACAAGAGAGUCGGUAUCCGCUGGUCUCAACGCUACCAGACCAUCCCUGGCCAUCACGCCAACCGAAUCGCCAAAGGCGUCACUCGCAACAUUGUCCUCCGUAAAUGCGGCCCCAACCACACAGAAGCCUCUGUCCGCGAGGAUCUCGAACACAUCCACAACCUCGAGGUUGUCAACGUCGAGUUUCGAGGUGGGGAUUGCCACAUUGGCACCAACUCUGUUGCGAGCGCCAUGUAUGCGCGAACCUGCAUGACAAGCCGGCUCAAGUACAAAACCAGCCGAAUUGAGUGGGAUGUCGACGAGUGUGCCCAGCCUUUGAGCGAAAUGCCCAGCACGCCUGACCAAUGCGCCCCGAGCUCUGCCGUCCCCCAGCGUCAAGUAAGGGUCAGAACGCCCAACCGCUUCCAAGUUCUCGCUUCCAAGGAAGAAUGA